AAUUAUUAUUUUGUUAACCCUUAGAGUCUAUAUGACUAGCAUGAGCAUACUUUUCUUCAUAUUAUGAUAUCGAUACAUCUUAUUGAAAAUAAAUUUAGAGUUGACCAAACCCCAUAUUUUGAAGGGUUAAUAUGUAUGUAUGUAUGUAUGUAUGUAUGUAUAUGUAUAUAUAUAUAUUAGAUAAAACUCUUUUGUAUAUAAAAUUGUUGAGGUUAAUUCCGGUUAAGGUUAUAAAUAUUUAUAAUUAUGUGUGUCGUUAGCUUUGGAUAUAAAUAUAUCACCAAGUUUUCUACUCGAGCAGAGCAUUUUCAGUAUUCAGUUGUCAGUAAAUCUUAGUGGAUUUAGCCCCUAGGAUGAACCAUGUUAUAUGAAUUUCUCAUAUGUUUGUGUUUGGCUUGAGUGACACUUGGUUUU